CCAAUCAACUACAAUAUGCCCCCCUUCUGUCCCCCCCAGAGCUACAUCCGGAAAGUGUUCCAGUCAUACCUGACCCUGCUGCUGAACUGCAGAGACGAGAUCGCGCUGGCUCGAGCCAUCAACAUUCCCGACAGGGAGCUGGACCAUCGCGCCUUCACCGAGCUCAAGCGGGCCGCAAGGAACAAGAACAUGCCCAUGUGCCAGACUGCUGUGUCGUUUGUCAUGCAAAAGAGACUGGGAGGGAAGAGCUACGCACCAAGCCAGGACAACCCUCUACUCCAACACAUCAAGGGCCUGAGUGAGUUUGUGACCUUACUGCAAAAGAUGCAGACAGUUGUAGAGGAGUGUACAGAUGCAAGGGCUGCCCUUGGAAGACUCCUGACGAUGCUGAAGAACGUCCUGAUGCGGUCCAAGGACCUGACCCUGAGGAGGGCGAGUGUGGAGGCGGUUGCCAUGGCAAUGAUGGAGGAGGCUGGGAGACUGGCAGAUCACCUGUCUCAGGGACGGGCGGACACGGCAAGUCCUAAAAGGUCUCCAGGCAGCGGAGGCUCGGUGUACGGGAGGGACGUUUCCAGGUUCAUCCAGCUGUUCCUGGACAGACAGGCCGGCCGCCCCAGCGUCGGACAUGUGGUGGAGGUGCUGAGUGAUGUUUAUACGAGUCAGAGCACUCCUGUCAGGAUCCCUUCUCUCGUCUCACAGUUCAGGUCUCCUGAUCCAGAGACAGAGAAGAGUAGAGAAGACACGCCACUACUGCAGAGGACUAUGCAGAGGAUGAAGGACAUGAACAACAAGAAGCCAGCAGUUCCCAGGUACCAGUCUGACUGCUCCUGGGCGAUGCCGGCCGUGUCGGUCAGUCCGCUCAACAACAACCGGGACGAGAUCUACGUCGACUGUCAAUCACCUGUCAAUCACCGUGAUGUCAUCACCACACGAGCUCCUCCCACCAACAUCCUACAAGCGGAGGAGAAUCUGGACCGCGAAGAAGACGAAGAAACAAAGAAGAGGAAGAGGAAAGAACUCAUCAACAAGAUCUUAGAAUCAGCCGAGGACCAGGAAAACGUCGACCUUGACAGACGACCCGCCGCCGCUAAGAACUCUGGGAAGAGAACACUGAAGGAUGCUGGGAUUGCUCCCUCCUCCCAGCCGCCAAGCAAGAAGCCGAAGAAGCCUGCGACGACAAAGUCUAAGAAAAAAGUGGCUCCGCUGCUCACUGGUCAGAAGAAACUGACAUCUUUCUUCAGAAUGUGAUGUUUUCUUUUAUUCUUGGUAUUUUACCGUGUCCAGUUGAUACACUGCUCAGGUCCUUGCUGCUAAAAUCAAUCAGUAGCAUCAACUUAUCUUGAAAGUUCAUCUGUGUCAAAACUUGGUAGAAGACAUUAUGAAGCAUUAAACUGUAAUUUCCAACACAAGGGAUCGGAAAUUUACAGUUGUACAGUCAAAAAUUUGGGUAAGUCUAAACUCUAAUCCUUUGUGUUGGAAAUUACAGUUUAAACUGCUUCAUUGUGGCAUCAACUUGUUAAUAUGAAAUUUUGAUGUUGUGAAGUGGACAUGGCCAUUCUCAGGUUAGGAGGUUGUUUUUAAACUGUGCCGUGUGGUUUCUUUAUUGAAGCCUUUUAAGUUCUACCCCUUGUAGAAGUUGCAAUUUUCCCUGGAACUUUGUGUAAAGAUGUAAAUAGCAAUCAUUGAGUUUUGUUUUGGUGCAAUUAAUUUAUACAUAAUCAUGACCAUUAUAACCUCAGGCUUUAAUCUUUAGGUAGAUCCUUUUGUGGUAAAAUCGUAACAAACCAUCAGAGACAGUAUCCAAUGGACCUAUCACAUUAUUACGUCACAGUUUGUUUACCGCAAUGAAUGCCGGUCAAUCGACGUUUAUAUUGUACAGGGGUGCG